AUGUUAACAGUUCUGAGCAUGUUUUACUACAUUUGCCUUCGACGCCGAGCCAGGACAGCUACAAGGGGCGAACCUAUGAACAAUCGGAGAGCUAUUGAAUCAAACAGAGCCUUACCUAUCAAUGUCGAAGUGGUCCAAUAUGCCAAAGAAGUGUUGGAUUUCAGUUCCCAUUAUGGUAGUGAAAACAGCAUGUCAUACACCAUGUGGAAUUUGGCUGGAACUCCUAAUGUGUACCCUAGCUCUGGUGACUUCACACAGACUGCUGUAUUUCGAACUUACGGAACGUGGUGGGAAGUCUGUCCUAGCGCACGGUCACCUUUCACAAGGACACCACCCAAUUUCCAUAGUCACGACUAUGUAGAGCUUGCUUUUGAUGAACCAGUUUAUCCCACAGCAAUACAUGUCCUGGAAACCUAUCACCCUGGUGCUGUCGUUAGGAUUUUGGCAUGUUCUGCAAGUCCUUAUUCCCAAACGCUGCCUGCUGAAGUAAGGUAAUUCAUCUUAUUAAUUUACUUUUCAUUUCCUUGAUAUGAGAUGUGAUUGAUAUAUAUAUAUAUAUAUAUAUAUAUAUGCAUGCAAAUUUAUUACUGAAAGAGUAGGGGGAACACAACACAAAGAGAGUGGGGGAAGAAAACAAAACAGUCAGCUCAUAUUCAAAAUACAAUAAACAUCAAUACAUCAAUCUUAAUUUACACAUACAGUUCAACAUAUGCCCUCCAAAUGUCCGAAUAGGUAUCCAGACAAAGUUGAUGUUUAGUCACAAUACUUUGAAGGGUUGUUUUUUUUUAAGCAAUAUGUGUGUAGAUGUGUUUCAUACCGGGUUCGAUGAUGCUGAGACCCACCAACAAGGUGUGGGGUGGGAGGCACAGAGGACACAAACCCUUGCUUGGCUGGUCUUCAACAGGUCCUGAAGAUUAUAAGAAGAACUCUGUAGGAAGAUCCACCUACUCCCUUUUCUUUAUUUCCCCAGUGACUAACCAGUUGCCUCCAUAAAGCCCACCAUCAGGACUUUAAGGCAAUAAACUUUUCCAGCAAAUGAUAUUCAGUGUGCCAUACCAUAUCUGAACAUGGAGCUUCCAUAUAGCCAUUAUCCCAAAUAGCUUUUGGGGCCAGGGUAGAAUUAGGCAAUGGCACCCUGUAAUCUUCUGUCUUUAUAGGAUGGUGUUGUGCUGUAAAAACUUCUCUGCUGCUAUAGGUGAUAAGGAGCUGAACAGUAGCUCUUAAGAAUGACAAUAUUGCAUCACAUGUUAUUAUUCAUCAUUAUUUAUUAAAUUUGAACACCAUCCUUCAUCCAUAGAUCUCAAGGCAGAAGAACUUUGGAUUUCAACAUAAUCUUCUCAGCGUAAUGGUGGGCAUUUGUGUGUUACCAUAGUGGACUACCAAUGGCUUCUUCAUUAUAAAGCCAGUCCUUGGACAAAAUAGCUCUUGAAAUUGCUUCAGAAUUCCAUCUUUUUGAGCUAUUUCGACAACAACAUCAAAAUAUCUUUAAAGUUUUAUUUCCAAAAUAUUGGAUUGCAUAAACUGGGCGUGUACUAGUUGGCAUCCCAAGGAGACCAUUUUUCCGCAUCAAGGCUCAGAAAAAUCUUCUGCCAUAAAAUGUGUGCUGUCUGUACAGCCAUUGUCUGGAAAAACACUCACAUAAACACAUAUGUUGGUUAUCACUUCAUCUGCAAUUACCUGCAAUUUUUUAAAUAGCCCCUUUAAUUGUUCACUUAUUGAAAUGCAUGUUCACUGUGCAUUCUCAGUUUUCCCUCCUAAACCUGUGUAAAUUGUGCUAUAUUAAGAAGAAAUCAACAUCGGAGUCAGUGAAUAAUGUUAGUAUAUUAUCUAACCUUUUUAUUUUGUGAGAUAUUUAUUAAGUUUUAUGAGAUAGAAGAGUUAAGAGUAUUUUAUAUCAGCCCCCUUUUAGUCUUCUUCAUGCUGUAUUUUUUAUCAACUUGAACUUAAUUUCAUUACCAAUACUAAAAAAAAUUUUUUUGUCUAAUAAUGGUGUUACAUGUAUACUUUUAUUUUUGUAGAUGGGAAAUCCUUUGGUCAGAGCCACCCACCAAGGUAAAUUCACCUCAGGCACGUCGGUUUGCACCUAGUAUCAAACGGAUAAACUUUCCUACAAACCUAAUUCGUCUAGAAGUGAAUAGUUCUCUUCUGGAUUACUACACCGAGUUGGAUGCAGUAGUACUACAUGGUUUGAGAGAGAGGCCUGUGCUUUCUCUUAAUACGUCAUUGAUUGAUAUGAAUGAUCUGGAUGAUGAUGAUGAUGAAGAAGAUGGAGAGCAAGACAGCUGCAGCAUGGACAUCCUUAAUAAGCAGUUUAGUGCGGUUGCCUUCAAGGAAUGGACAACUAAUGGAUACUUUGAUAAAUUGCCUUAUGAGGUAAAGGAGUGGGGAUUCUUACUUUAAAGUAGAAUUGCCAUAACCAAUUAGGAUACAAGGGUACAAGAUAGCUUCAUAUCCGUGAUUGGUAAUGGCUUCACUCAUAGUCCUUUGGAAUCUGCCCAUAAUUUUUAAAAACAAAAUCCCAUUUUCUUGAUAUGUUUUAAAUAAAUGAUGAGUUCUUCUCAAAGUGGUAUUAAACAAAUCCAAAUAAUAUUUUGUAAAAAUACCAAAAUCCAACAAAAAGCUAGCUGAAAUUCUGUUGUUAAUGGAACUCCACCCCCCCCCAAUGAAAAUAGCUUUCUUCUUUUGUUCUGUUACGGAAAAUAACCUUUGCAAGCAUAGUUUAUCCUUGCUGGUUAUACUAUGCAAAAUAAUUUUUGAAAUUAUUCAAAUACAAUGUUUGUUGUAUACAAUGUUUGUUGUAUAGUAUUGAUUAUGGAGGAAACUGAUUGAUACUAAUUGAUUCAUACUAAACCAAAUCAAGGAGAUAUAUAUUUUCCCCUCUUGUAAAAAGAAAAGGGGUCACUCUAAAUCAGGGGUCACCGAGGUUUACCUUGCCUGGGCCGGUUCACUCCAGCAGAGAUCCCUCCAUGGGCCGGAUUGCGUGCAGUCACGAUGUUCGGCACCUGCACAUGUGCAGAUGUGAUUUCUGGUUUAGCGCAGUGCACGGGGGCUCGCCGAGCGAGCGACUCAGUUUGGGGGCAGCUCGUGGGCCAGCUCGUGGCUCGUGGGCCAGUUAAACGACCCCCUUGGGCCGCUUGUGGCCCACGGGCCUUAGGUUGCUGACCCCUGCUCUAAAUCCCUGCCAUUUGUUAAGGCUAUAACACCAGUCUCAAUUUGGGAACUAUUACUCCUCUUUAAUUUCUUCCUUUUUUAAUACAAGUCUUAGAAAUAUUUCAAAAUUCCCUCCACAGUUCUUUUCUUUUUUGUAAACUGACUUUUAAAAGAAAAGCCGUCAGAAACAGACAACAGCUACCUUUUUUUUUCAUUAAUGCAUAGACUCUGCAUGUUAUAGGAUUAGUUUUUAAAAGCGGAUAUUCAACAGCAUUCUGGGAGUCGUUCUGAACACAUCAUGUCUCCUCACUUAUUCAUUAUAGUAUCAAAUUGUGCUUUAUGCUAGGGCGCGCGCGCACUCUCUCUCUCUCUCACACACACAGCAAAUUUCUGACAAGACACCAGACUCUAAAGUAGUAAUGAUUAAUGGCUAUUAGCCUCUAGGCUUGGAAGCUGUUAUCUUUGUUUAAUCAAAAGCAAAAAAAGUACUUCAGUUACAUCUUAAUGUCAUAAUCUUACUGACAUUUCAUUAUACCCUUUUCAUUUCAGGUAUCAUGAAGUGUAAUUUUAGUCUAAAGUGGGAUUAACUUUUCUGGUGUUGAUACUGACAUGUUAAAAGAUUUUUUUAUCUCUAAUGCAGAGUUAGUGAUGUGUAGAUUAUCAGAUACAUUAAAAAUGAAAUUAGUUAAAGGGGACAUUAUUGAGUUUUUCAUAUCCUUAUUAACCAUGUUAUAGUAGAGAAAUAUGAGAAGCAUAAUUUUGUUCUCUUUAAAAGAACACUAUUUUCCUUUUAAACCUUCCUUUACAAUUUUCACUGCAAUGGCAAGGAAUGUCGUCAAUUUAACAGUCUGAAAAUUCACUUUGUACUUCUUUGACUAGCUGAUGUGUGGGCUCACAAAUAACAGCAUACAAAGUAUUUCAGCCUCAUCCUAUUUUUGUAACAAACAAAAAAUACUAACAGUGCAAUUUACAUGAACCACAAUAACACAUAGUAUGGAAGAAAACUUGCCUCUUGCACAGGACUGACUUGAUUCCUACUCUAUCACCAGCGCAGCUAUUGGUAUUGUGGUGUCAUUGUAAAAUAAGUCAGUCUGCAAUUCUGAAAAUCCUAUAUUUCUGUUUUGCUUACAAUAAAACGAAAACCAUCAUGUAUCUCUGACAGCAUUUGGAGUAUACAGUUCAGUGUGGAUUUUGGUUCUUUUAUAUUAAUGUCAAACUUGAUUUUUCUGUUCAUAUGAACUUGAGUUGUUAUACUUGACUCUUGUUUUGGCUAUGUGAGAAGAUAUAAGUCAUGUGGCUAAAUUCUGAAUAACUUGUAGAAUAUUUCUAAUAUUUAUAUCCCAGGUAUCUUAAUUUAUAGGGUCUCAAGAGAUCUAACUUUUAUUUUAUUUAUUUUAUAUCCCACCCUUCAUCCAAAGAUCUCAGGGCAUUUGCAUUUUUGGUGGACACAAUCAAGCCCCAUUAAGUUCAAUGGAAGGGAGUUAAUAAUGUGCUUCACUCUCUGAUAGACAUUAAUGGAACUUAAAAAGAACAUAAUCAUGCCAAAUAAUGAAAUAGCUGAUUUUGUAUGUUUGUGUUGGGCAAGCUGUGUGUGUGUGUGUGUGUGUGUGUGUGUGUGUGUCCGUGUGUGAGAGAGAGAAGGACUCAACUGGUGUUGUUUUUUAAUCUUGAAAGCAGAAAUACCUUCUGUUAUGCUAAUGCAUGGUUUUAAAAAUCCUUAAAGAGAGAAAAGCAGGUGUUUUUUUUUAAAUGAAGUUUAAUUAUGUAAAGUAUUUUAAAAUGCAAGGUAGAGAGGAACAAAAGAAGCACUAAAUAGAAAAAUGACUAGGAACAGAAAAUGUUUUUCCCCUUAAGUGUAUUCACUUUUUAAAAAUCAGUGAACUAAUGGGAUAUAUUAUCAAAUGCAGUGGAAAUUGUAAUUUUAAGGACAGUGGUGUGAUGUUCUUUUCUGUGUUUUCAAUUCAGCUUAUCCAGUUGAUUUUGAGUCACCUUGCAGUCCCAGAUCUGUGUAGACUAUCGCAGACAUGUAAGCUACUUUAUCAGCACUGCUGUGAUCCUCUACAGUACAUUCACCUCAGUUUGCAACCUUAUUGGGCAAGAAUAAACGACACAGCUCUAGAAUACCUACAGUCUCGCUGUAUCCUUGUCCAGUGGCUGAAUUUAUCUUGGACUGGAAACAGAGGAACCAUUUCUCUAUCUGCUUUUAGCAGGUCAGUGCUCUGAAUCAUGAUGUACUAAAUAUUUGAGAAUUAUCCCCAUACCCCUGCUUCCCACCCCUUUCAGGUAGGACAGGUGUGGGUUUCUACAGCAGCAGCAGCAGAGGGGAAUUGAAUUUGACACAUAACUACAUUUCUAACAACUGGCUUUUGUGUGUGUCAGAGGCAGUGUUGCUCUCUCCUUGGAGUGAAGGUUGAGGGUAAGUUCAGCCUAAUUCUCUGUGGUCUCUGCCAUUUUAUCCCAUGCCAUUUCCCUUCCACCUGUCAAACAGUUGGCCACUAAAGCCGUAUUUGACAGUGGUAGAGAUGUAAGUGGACCCAUACUAAAGCAGCGAGGCCUGUGACUUGCCACUGCUUUGUUUAUGGAUCCCUAUAUCAUGGCAAUAAUUACCUAUCUGAGAGAAAUGAGGAAUGCUUAUUGGGUCAGAGAAGGUAGGCUUCACUGAAGAAUUGGCAACAUAAUGCCAUUUCUAAAAGGUUAGCAGUAACAGAGAAGCUAGCAAGAAGAGUUCCAGAAUGUUGCAGUUCCACAUAUUAGUGCCAGGGUUUCGGUGGGUUUUGAUCUUGCUCAGCCUUUCGAUUUUGUGAUAGGCAAUCUAGCCAGGACAGCAGAACUUGAGUUCCCAACCUUUAACCAGGUUAAGCGAAAUACUGGCUUUCGUAUUAGUUUUGAUUCAUAUACUUUAUUACUCACUUUAUUUACAGAUAUUCAACAUCAUAUAUACAACAUCCUCAUGGUCAGUUCAAUAAUAGUAGUAGCCUCGCGCCCUUGGAGCUUCUCUACUAGAUUGGGAAGUCAGGUUAAGGAAUUAUGAUGACCCAAGAUGCUUAUAGACAGAGCAGAAAAAUAUUAUUUGAUGCUUAGUGGAGAAUGGAAACUCAUGAAAGACUGGGCUAUAAUCGUUUGUAUGGUACUGAUUUAAAAGUGUGGUUUGCUAUUUUUAACCUAAUUUUUUAAUAUUAGCAAUUUUUAUGUCAGACAUAUUUUUUUAAAAAAGUAACUGUCCAUCUAGAAGUUAUUGGGCUGGAUGUAGACCUACCUUUUGCAAAUGAAAGAUACAUGGAAGGACUCAGUGGGAGAAGGGAGCAGAAGCAAUUCCCUCCCCCUUUCCCCUGCAGUUCCCCACAUCACCUCCCAUAUGGUUUCUGAAGGUCCCUCUGCCUGCUGGUCCAGGUUUUCAAGGGCUAUAUAGGCAGAGCUCCUCUUGUGGUUAGCCUAGACCCAGCCCAUUGGUUGAACACUGUUAGGCUGCAAUCCUCAGCCCAUCUUAUUACAGUAUAUUGAUGCUUGUGGACCCAUGAGUAAGUUGUCCAGGAUUUUAGUUUUUAGGUAGAAAGAAACUAAGAGGUAGCUUUGCCUAGUAUAUCUAUCCUUUGGGGGCCAAACUUUAGAUUAUGUUUAUAGUCCUUUAAAGAUAUAGCUAGCUAGCUAUUUGUUUAUAUUUCUGAAAAUGUUGAGUAUCGGUAGAAUAUGUAUUAACUCCAAGGAAAUAGAACAAAUUAGAAUAGUGAUCUAAGAAAUCUGACAAGCAAAGGAUAUAUUACCAUGAGAGGACAGAAUGCUUCAGGCAUGUGAACAUCCUGAGGCAAAGCUGAAGGUAAUUUAACUUAUUGAUAAUGUCCAUCUCCUUAGGGCUAUAUAAGAAUGUCAUCAUGUUUUACUUUUGAGAAUUACUAAGUUUGCUAAACUUCUGUGCUUGAGCUAAAAAGGGAGUUUGGGAAAUACUGAUUGGGACAAUAAAUCAAAUUUAGUAAUAUAUAUUUGAAUAAUUUUAUAUUGCUCUGUCAGUGAAAGAAUGGCAUGUGAAUCGAGAAAAUGGUGCGCAUAAUCAUGUUACAUACAGAUAAUUCUGAUUUGGCAUCAGAAGAGCAGCAGAGUUUUUAACAUUUCCUAAUGUCAAUUAUAGCAGGAUAAAGUUUGUGCUGCUGCAAAAUAUUUGAGUGUUUUGGGAGCAAGAAAUUAUAUUUUAAAGAAAUUAUACUUUAAAAGUUGAGAUUUCAAUCCCUUUCUUACAUGUAACAUUGUAAAUUGUGAAGACAAUGAAACAAAUCUAUUUACAUUUAUUCUGUGGGGGGGAUUUGGGGGGAGUGAAAAUUAAAGGAAUGCUUAUGUAAGAAUUUGUCUAGGAUGUUCACAUUACUUGAAUAAAGUUGGCUUGGUGUCUUAUGGUCUUAAAUUUCGCAGUACAACAAUGUUACAAAAAUUAGCCUCUACAGUAUGCUUCUUAUGUAUGUAAAAUGUGUAUGAAAUAAUGUGAUGCCAAAAUUCUAGGGCUUGAUGUGUUUCAAAAUUUCAAUUGCAUGGUAUAAUUGAUACUAAUAAUAUUUAAUGGAAAAAAAACUAUGUUAGCACUUCUAGAGGAUUCUUCUUCUGAUCAAUGGAAAACUGCAUUAGGAUAAAUUCAGUAAUAAAUACAGAUCCUAAGAAAAUUUGCUUUUACUCUAUUGGACUUUGUGAAUGUGAUCUGGUCUGCAAAUAAGCUCCGUUUAUUUGUGCCUGUACUCACUUGUCCCAACACUGUCCCUUCCUUACUGUUUUCUUGGUGUGUCACAAUUAAUCUAGAGACAGUAGUUUCUGCCAUCAUCAUUCUCUUGUUUCCCGGGUUGCGUACACACCAUAUUUUAAGGCACAUUUUCCUCCAGAACACCCUGGGAACUGUAGCCUAACUCUCACAGAACUAGAAUUCCCAAAACACAUUUUUAAAAACUACAGUUCCCAGGAUUCUUGAGGGGGAUGCUUUAAAUGUACGGUGUGCAUGCAGUUCGGGUCUCCCUGACACUACUGUCCCUCACAGCGACAAGCAUAUCAGUGCAUUUAGACUUAAGGCACAUGCUAUGCUGUGAGGAUAUAUGGGAAACCUUUGGAACACAAAUAACUGCUUCACAAGUUACAAAAUGCUUUCAGAGGAGACAUUUUGGUGUAGAAAUUAACUUAAAACCCAAGCGUGAACCCAAUAACCUGUAAUGUGUGAUGAUUACAUGUCUGUGUGGUUAUUUGCAUAUACAGUCAAACUUUGGCUGUUGAACGUAAUCCGUUCAAGAAGACCGUUCGACUUCCAAAACAUUUGACAACUGAGGCGCGGAUUCUGAUUAGUUGCAAGAGUUUCUUGUACUCACGCGGAAGCCACGUCGGACGUUCGGGUUCCGAAAGACGUUCGAAAACCGGAGCAUUUACUUCCGAGUUUUCAGCGUUCAGGAGCCGAAACGUUCGAAAAUGGAGCCAUUCGAGAACCGAGGCUUGACUGUACGUACAUCAGAAGCUACAAUUGAAUUCCCACAGUAUGCACACAUUGCAGCAUUUCUGAGUACCGAUUUUGUAAUUUACAAAAUGGGCUCUAGCUUUCUGGUUUAGGUGUAUCAUGAUGCUUCCAUGGCAGAAUUUUCCUUCUUGCAGCUGUGAGGAAACUUCUCUUGGCUGGUUAAACUGCUUUCUCUUGGUCCCUGGUGUUGAUUAUGCUCCCCCCUCAGUUCUGUGUUUAAGCUGUUGCUUUACUAAUAAGGCUUCUUAUUAGGAAUGCAUAGCAUUGUUCUCAAGCUACUAAAACAUGGCAAGAGAAAUAACUGGGCUUUAUCCAGGUGGUCCCCCCCCCCCCAAUUUAAACUACUGUAAGCAAAGAUGCUGCUUUCCUUGUUGAAUUAACCCACAUGACAAUGUGCUUUUUACAGAUUCUUGAAGGUUUGUGGUUCAGAACUAGUGCGGCUGGAGUUGUCUUGUGGUCAUUUCCUCAACGAGGCUUGCUUGGAGGUCAUUGCUGAGACAUGUCUGAAUCUUCAAGAAUUAAAUCUCUCCUCCUGUGAUAAGCUACCACCUCAGGCUUUCAAUCACAUUGCCAAGUUGUGCAACCUUACACGUCUAAUUCUCUACCGAACGAAAGUAGAGGUAAAGUUUCUCUUCUUCUUUUAUCAGUGAUGAUAAGACUUAAGCCUCAGAAACAGAAUAGAGUGUAACUUCAGUGAAGUACUCAUGUUUGAAAAAUUCAAGAAAAAAAUAUAUACAGCAAUCCAAUAUCACACAUAGGAUUUCCCCUCCCCCUCCCAGAUCUAUCCCAAGGAUCCCUCAGUGUUCCAGAGCAGAUUUUGAGGGAACACAAAGGGAAAUAUGUUCUAUCAACAGUGUCAGUUUUGUUGGUUGACAGCCAUCACUGGAUUUCAUACUUAAGACUGUAGCUAAUAAAUACAGCUUGCAUCUGCUAGUAUAGAUACAUCCCUAGUUUACUGCAUUUCUUUGCUCCCUAAUCCCUCAGGAUUUUUAAUGUGUAUGGUGGGAAUUCAAUACCAUCCAUUCUAUCAUGUGUAACUUAACUUGCUCUCUCCUGGAAUGCUGAUUGCUCCUAUGAUGUCCUGAGAGUCAUCUAAGCGAAAGUCGGGGGGGGGGGGGAAUGCCAUAAGUUUCCUCCAUCCUGAGUCAGUGACUGCCAAAGCAUCAGUCACAAUAAUUUUGUUUAAAGUUUCAAUUUCAACAAUAGCACAUCUUUCUCUUAGUAACCGAAGGUUAGUAAAUUUAAGGUUAGUAAAAUAAUUUUUUCCUGAUCUGUUUUGUGAGUUACUUACACACAGAUGUAACAACAGCUUGCGUUCUGCAAGCGUAAAUAACUUCCUUGCUGCCAAUGGAAAAUACACCUGUUGUAGUCUAUGGGUUAUUAAAGUAUGUGCAGGCAGAAGAUCCACAUGUACACAUGUUUCAUUUUCAGGCUCAAAUUAUUGGCUGCAAUUGCAGCCAGUUUUAUUACAAACCUACGUCACCCCAUGUUUAUUCAAUGCACAUGGCUAGUUAUCUCUGUGUUGGGCCAAUAGUGGAACAAUUUUACCAUUUGAAAAUGCCUUUUAGAAGAGACUUAGCCUUCUGCUUAAACAAUCUAGCGGUAGUUUCCCUUCAUGAAAUGCAACCAACUGUGUACAAAACCAAGAUGUAAUAAAUUUUCUAAUUAUAAAUAAUUACAACUUAAAUAUUCUUACUUUUUGAAAGCACUUAUUACAAGUUAUAAUUUUGCUUCAGUCAUCUAAGUAAUCUUUAAGUUAUACUAAAUUAAGACUGCAGUUGUACUCAAAAGAGUUUUGUGCUGGUGGUCUUAGUAUUUGCUGACUCUUUAAUCCUUUAUUCAUUGAAUAUGCAUUCACAGCAUACUUCCAGAAUUUGUUGGCAUUGAUGCAUUUGAGGUGCACAAUGGACAAUAAAAGUACUUUGUUCAUAGUAACUUGACAAUACACAUCAUUAUUUUGGCUUGUAUAUGUAUGUUAUCUUGAUUUGAUUCUUAUCUUGAUUUUCUGUUUCCACUUCUGUGUUGGAGCCAACAUGAUAUCUUGAUGAAGCUAUCCAAUCUAUGAUUCUAGUGCUUUUACAUUCAAAAGCAUCAGGAUGUCAUGUUUUUAAAAAUAAAGUAUCAAUUCAUAUGUUGUGUAACUAACUACCCAACCAUUUCAAACUUUUUUAUGCUGUUGUUGCAUUUGAAUGUACAUAAUAGGAAUUAUAAUUUAGAACUUGUUGCAAACCUAUGUUUGUAUAAUUAUAUAUUUUGUACAACAUGGUAACAUCUUAGAACUGGCAUUGAACAGUGUUUAAUGGGGAAUAGAUUUGCAAUCUAUUUGCAAUCUAGUAUCUUAAGGAAUCUGCAAUCUGGGUACAUACUCAUCUUCUCCCUGCCACCUUUAAAGUCCUUCUUGCUGCACCCAAAAAAGGUGGUACAGUGGUACCUCAGGUUAAGUACUUAAUUCGUUCCGGAGGUCCAUACUUAACCUGAAACUGUUCUUAAUCUGAAGCACCACUUUAGCUAAUGGGGCCUCCUGCUGCCCCGCCGCCGGAGCAUGAUUUCUGUUCUCAUCCUGAAGCAAAGUUCUUAACCUGAAGCACUAUUUCUGGGUUAGCGGAGUCUGUAACCUGAACCGUAUGUAACCCGAGGUACCACUGUAUAUCCCCUGUAGUAUAAAAGUUGCCUGAAGCAACAAAAUACUUCUUUCAGUUUUCCGAACAUAUAUGUAAUUCCCCCCCCAAAGCACAGUACAUUUUGUCCUAAUUUGCACCAAAAAACUCACUUCUAAAUAUGUCUUAAAGUGGCCCUGUUUAAAUAGAAUCAUACAACUUGUUUAUUUUCAUUUCAAUUGCAUGUCCAGGCAUUGUGCUCCCCAGUCCCCAACCCGCAGACAAAUAAAGGACCACAUAGACUGGUUUGGAUCGAAACAGGCCACAACUGUAUUUAACGCAGAUGAAAGAGGUUUGGCACGUAGGUCACUCCAGGCAGGGGCUUCCUAAGAAUUAUAUCAAAUAGGGUGACGCCUGCGGGGACCGUCAUCUGGGGGGAAUUCCCUUGGCCCUGGCCACACCAGGGCACAUGGACAUGGCCACUCUCCCUCGAUCACUUUAACAGGAUAUGUUUGGAGGGGCAGGCAGAGACUACGACCUCCCCUCCAUCCAAGACAAAGGAUUGCCCCAAUGCCCAACGCAGUUGUGACAGUUGCUAUGAGGUAGGCAAAACAAAGAAUGGAAAUAUAUUUGAAGCCUAACCAAGGCAGAGCGUACAAUAUUAAAAUAAAUACUGUAAAACACAUGCAAGCAAUAAGCAAACAUCCUGAAGUGCAAAAAGCUAUAUUUAUGAUAAUCCCAAUAUAUCUCCACUAGAUCGGGGGGGCGGGGCAGGAGGGGGGCGUGAGUGUUUUCAAACAAUACGCACAAUAUAAGUAAAAAUGUGAAAGUCACAACAUAUCACUCCAUUUGAAAAUUCAAAUAAAAUAAUUACAGGAGCCAGGUUUGAGGAGGAACAUGGGAUUUUUUUUAUGUUGGCUAAGGGGGCGUGUGUUACAAAAGCUUGAUAAAUACUUCAGUAGAAUAAGGCAUGUCCAACUAUAUUUGAUUAGUCUGGCUUUCAUUUUCUUUCACCAUUAAAUAAAUGGAGUUGUGCAGCAUUGUGAAAGCUGCACUUUGCCCUUUCCAUUCUUUUCUCCAUCUCCCCUUAUGUUGUAGAAAUAUUCCUUUGAAGACUAAACCUAUUGAGUCAUAAUGUCUGUAUAUUAAAGUAAGCCUGAUUAGAACUCAUUUGUGCCUUUAAUAAUUGAUAAUAAUCAAUUGUCCAUAAAGACUACAGUACUAAUUUGAAAAACCGUUAUAAGGAUAUGCAAUGAAAUUCAACUAAGGGGAAACGAGGAAGUCAUUUUACAAAGUAAAUAACUGUUAUUUUCAAUAAGGGUAUGAUUUAUGUUUGUUAUGUUUUGUUUGUUUUGUGUUUUUCUUUGUCGUUGAUAUUGUAAAAACUAAUACAUUUUUUGCAAAAAAAGAAAAAGACUACAGUACUAAAGAGGUUAUCAAACAUAUGUUUGAAUACUGAAAAUCAGUAUUUGCUUACAGAAAUAUUAAAAGUUAUUUAGCAGUUUACUAACAUUAAACGUAUCAACCACUGUGGCGGUUACAUUUUAAUAGUAACUAACUUUUGCACAAUAUUGCCAAUUGUUACAUUAAUCUGACAUUGCAGGCAGAUAAUUAGUGAUUAGAUAAGACUUACUCACUAUUCAUCAAUGCUUAACUGUGACAUGUAUUUAUGCAUUUUUUUCCCUUCAGUAAAAAUCCUGAAAAAGUCUUUUUCAAGCCUCAAAGAAAUACACCAAACUUAUUAUGUUACAUUAAAAUACAACAUUUUUAAUGUUUUUACUCUAGUAGAAGUAAAUCAUUCAGAAUUUUUAUUUAAUUAUGUUGGUCCCCAGUUUAUUUUCCUGUGAAGCCUAUUUCUAAACUAAAUAUCACACUUCAGACUAAGAUACGAAAUACAGAAAACUACGUCUCAGGACAACUUGGACUACUAAUUUAGAAUAUGUGUUUGUGAUUAUUUUGUGUGAGAUGUGUAUUAUAUGCCUAAUGUUGUAAUGCUUACUGCAACCUCAAAAAAAAAUGGCCAUUUCGCAAGGUGCAUCUGAUAUUCUGGUGGAGUUCCUCUUGCUGUGUUUUAAUGAUGUGGCACCUCACCAUAAGUAUGUUUAAAAUAGCAGCAACAUGACUGUAAAGUGCACGUUGUAUUUGUUUCCAUCUGUAUGUUGCUAGUGACAGGAGCUCGAUGAUUGUCAGUACCCUUGUCAGCAAGAGCAUCCUGUGACAUUAAAGUCACUAGCUCGGUCCUGAUGCUGUGUGACUCUAUUGGCAGUUCCAUCAGGCUGCAGCCGAUCAGUGAAUGUCAGAGAUGCUGUACUUUUCUGGGAUGUCACCAGCCCUCUGUGUUUUUGGUGUGGCCUUGCUUGUUGUUUGAAUUUGCCAGACUUCUAAGAGCUUUCCUAAGGGAAAAGAACUGAUAGGUCAUGGGAAUAAAGGUGUCUUCAGGGCAUGCAAAACCACAGCCAGAGUGACUUAUUAUAUAAAGGCUUGUAAUGAUUACCUUGACUCUAAGCCAAUCAAUGGUUAGAGCAUCUGGGGACUCAUUAAAUGGCAUUUGUGGUGUCUGUUACCUAGGUUUUGAGCUGAAUUUCAGGGAAAGUGGUGACAGCCUUUAAUGUCUAAUUGACCCUUUCUCUUUGUGUUUGCUUUCUAUAUUUGCUUCUGAUGUGUUCCCCAAUGGCAGCAAACAGCACUGCUCAGCAUUCUGAACUUCUGUUCAGAUCUUCAGCACCUCAGCCUGGGUAGCUGUGUAAUGGUAAGUUUUAAAAGUCCAGGCUCAGUGUAUGUUAUCAGAAUUUAGACUUCCCAGCUCACUUGCAGAAAAAUCUAACUGCCUGUUUUCAUCCUUUCAUCUAAUACCUAUGCACUUCUUAUAAAAAGAUAAAAGAAAUGUUUGCUUGAAUUUACAUCUGUCCAUCUGCCAAGCUUCUAUUUCAUCACUUGGGCUACUUUGUAGGAAUUGCAGAAAUCCUCCUGUGUAUAGUCAUAGGUGGGUAGAAUUAAUUUAUGUAUUUAGUUCAAGUCAUGGAAAUCCCUGUUGUGGUGUUUCCCAUACGAUGAUGUCGCUUGUCACGUGCAUGUGUAUAUUCAAAUAUAUAGCUUCCAGAUUUUUAAACGUUCAUUUCCUUCUACUUAUGCACCUUUAGGAUUAUGAGCUAGACUGCAUAUGUUUUUGAGUUGUAUAUUCCCCCCUCCCAAGCUCAAAUUAUAAUUAUUCAUCAGAUUCCACUGCAGAAGCCGAAAUCUGCCAUGGAAAACCAUUUUGUGUGUGGAGUGGAGUGGACAUUAUAUAGUUUACAUCCCAACCCUAUUUCGCCCUCUGCUUUCCAGUGUCACACACAGCCAGAUUGCAGCAGCCAUGACUGCGUUUUGCAAGUACUCCCUACCCCCCCAGAAAAGUAUAGGAAAUAACUAUACAGUGUUAUCGGUGAUUGGUCCAUGACCUGCAGCUUCCCUGCUCCUAUGUAUCACAAUUCUUCUGCAGAACAGACAUUGUAUUAUUACUACUAUUCAUUGAUUUAUAUACCACUUUCAUGCCAAAAUGGCUUCUAAGCAGUUUGCAAGUAUAAAAUCAAUUAUAAAGUGUCUACACUUAAUUCAAAUACACAAUAAAACAACUCUGUCAAAACAUUAAAAAUGCUAUAUAUAUAUAUAUAUAUCCCAUUAAAAUAUUAUAUAUAUAAAACAAACCCAUUAAAAAGCAUAGCACUUAAAGCAAAGCAGUUUAAAAAUAGGAGCAUGCUUAAUUUUGUGGCAGAGUAAUAAAACAGAUAGUUUCAUUUGAGUAAUAAUCCUCUAUAGUUGAAGAAUAUUCAUGGUGCCACUCAUGACUGACUCAUAGCCUAAGUGACAUUAUCAAGAUGGUUGCCACCCAUAUACUCUGCCAUGAAACAGGUUUUUAAACAUUGUGUUCCCUGAGUAUAUGGAAUUGCUUCAAUACAGAAUUUACCACGUGGUGUAUCCCAAAUAGUCACAAAAUGAAGGUGAGGGGGUCCCUGGGGGCCACCCAUGACCUCUUGGCAAACUGGCUAUCCCUAUUUAGGAGACCUGAAGUGUGUGAUGUUGCACAGAAUAAUGUUUGCAGGCUGCAUAUGGGUAUUAAAGACAAUUUGCUUAUAAACACGCUUGAAAUUUGUGGUACUUGUGUCCAACCUGCAACUAACAGUUUCAUAAUUUUAAAUGCAAGAUUGAGGGUAUAAAUACCAGUAUCCUCCAAAUGAGUGUUAUUUCUUCACAGAUUGAAGACUAUGACACAAUAGCUAGCAUGAUGGGAGCCAAGUGCAAAAAACUUCGUACGCUGGAUUUAUGGCGAUGUAAAAACAUUACUGAAAAUGGAAUAGCAGAGCUAGCUUCCGGCUGUCCACUGUUGGAGGAGCUGGAUCUUGGCUGGUGCCCAACCCUUCAGAGCAGCACCGGCUGCUUUGCGCACCUUGCGCGCAAACUCCCAAACUUGCAAAAGCUCUUUCUGACAGCCAACAGGUCUGUGUGUGACUCUGACAUAGAUGAACUUGCUGCAAAUUGUACAAAUCUCCGGCAGCUUGAUAUUUUGGGUGAGUAGCCAUAAAAACACUUGGAUCUUCUUUAAAUCGAUCGGUUGUAUCAACAGCAGAAGAUAAACUGUAUGUGUUGUAUAAAAGAAGAUGUGGUCUUGAAAGUAAAUACUGGGUUCAUGAUUCACAUAUAAAAAGUUUCCGUGAGAAUGCUCUCACGGGUUCAAAGCGUAAUGGAUUAUGGGGUUAGACCAGUUUAAUUCCAGAUUCUUUGAUUUACUGGAUUGUGAAGCAGGCAGCAAAUUUGUUUAAUCGUUUAUCCUUUGCUGCUAAAGGGACUAGUUUUCUGAUGAUUUCCUGAAAAUGUUUUAACUGCAAUUGCCGGUUUUCAAAAGCUCUUGGAAUUUGAAUAGCGUGUGACAGGAUAUAUUUAUAAAGUGUGAACCUUAUGAUCAAACAGCUUCUUGCAGAGCACAUAAUAGAGUGCUCUGUUGGGCUUCUUUCUUCAAAAAGAAACCAAAUUUUUAUUUUUUGAAAAAGAAAUCAGCAUAAUUUUUCAUUUCCUAUUGCAAUUGGUAUAAGAGACUGUCUCCGCACCCCCCCCAGCCCCAAAAGCUUAAAACUUAAACUACAGCUUAAAACCGUAGAAAGCUUUUGCUAGUCAAAAUGAAAGCUUUUUCAUGAAGGUUAAAAAGGAGUUGUUUUUAUAGGUUACACAUCAUGUUAACUAUCUUAGCCAAAAGUACAAUAAUAAUGGAAAGCUUUGUGUUCUGAUACACAGUCUUGAAAUAUCCAUACUAAAUAGUUCAUAUGAAUGUUCCUGUGUUUGUGGCAUGUAAAGAGGAAGCCAAAAGAAGCUAAUUCAUUGACACAUAAAAUCAAAGCACUACUUCUGGGUAUUCCAGGCCUAGAAAAAAUGCUGCUCCAGUGUAAUGUGGUAAGAAGGGUGUUGUUCAUUUACACAAGUGUCAUGCUGUGUGACUGCAUAGACAGCAGGAUUCUUCCAUCUUUGCUGGUGUUACAGAAGCCCAUCUAUACAGAUGGAUUGAUCUCAAACUUUCAUACAGCAAAAGAAAACAAUACACCAAACCCCUUGUAUAAAGUUAAAAUAUGCAUUUCCACCAAUUUUUCCAUGGCAGUGGUUAAUAAAGCCUCCCCAGUUCUUUGUGUUUCCUCAGAAAUAAGUCCCAUUGUGUUCAAGUGUGUGUUUAGGAUCGAAGCCUGAGGCAUUUUUCUAUUUAGUCAUGCUGUUUCGUAUUCCAAUAGAAUAUGGAUUUGAAAUUUUGUUUCCAAAGAAAGGACUGUUUUGCACAUUUUAGGGGAUCAGUCAAGACCUUACUUUUUAGAACGGAUAUGGUUUGUUGGAUUAGUGAUGCUUUGGGUGUUUUCUAAGCUGUGUGGUAAAUCUUAGGUAAAGGUAAAGGGACCCCUGACCAUUAGGUCCAGUCGUGACCGACUCGGGUUGCGGCGGCACUCAUCUCACUUUACAGGCCGAGGAAGCCGGCAUACAGCUUCCGGGUCAUGUGGCCAGCAUGACUAAGCCACUUCUGGCGAACCAGAGCAGCACACGGAAACGAGCAGGGACCAAGCAAUGGGAGCUCACCCCAUCGCGGGGAUUUGAACCGCCGACCUUCUGAUCAGCAAGCCCUAGGCUCUGUGGUUUAACCCACAGUGCCACCUGUGUCCCAUGGUAAAUCUUAUGCUUUAACAUAUUGUUUUUAUUCAUCUUAAAAUCUUUGCUGCAAGCUGCUUCUACUACUACUGAGGUGCUUGGGAGGCAGGCAUGGGAUAUAAGUAUUUUUUAAAUUUUAAAUUCCAAACUCUUCAAGGCUGAAGAUGUCUUACAACAAUAACUGAAUCCAUAAAAAUGCAGAUAGACUUGCCUUCACUACUUUUGACUGCUUCAGUGCACUCCCAUCUCCCACACCUGUAUGUACUUCCUUCUUGAGCUCAGUCUCUGCCUAAAUCUCUGUAAUCUCUUCCAUAGGGAGAACUUUAAUCCCUUCUUUUGGAAAGUUAGUUUUGCCCCCUUUCCCAUCUAGCUCUCUUGUUGGCGCUAAUAACAAAAAAUUAAGAACAGAGAAAGAUGUCACAGCAAAAUGUUUAGUUUCUCUACUGUAGAAAUUUUGAUUCAGGAAUCAGCGCAGUUACUGAAUUUGAGAGGCACAACUAAAAGGACUUACCUAUUUGCAAGUCUGCAACUUGGUCAACCUGUUGGAUGAUGUUGUUUUUCUUCAAUCCACGAAGAAAUGCCAGGUUUAGUGGACUGAUUAAAGUAUGAAAAUGGGUAAUAUGUGAAAGUGGAAUACAUAGUUUUGUUCCUUGCCUGCAGGGCACCAUAUGCAGUGCCAUUGUGUGAUCACAUAAACUGCAGCAUAUGUGUGGAUUAUGCUUAAAUAAGGGCAAAGAACAUGCUCCAGAAAAACAAACUCCCUUUUGAUAUUUUGACUGCAGCCAGGCAGCAUAAAGUACAGCUUAGAAGAAUGUGGUGGGUUUAAGCCAUCUGUAUGCACAAUACAUCAGUUGCUAUCCAAAGUCGUUGAAUUAAAAUCUGUAAUUCUAGGUAAGUUCACACAAAUUUAAAAGCUCUAUUUUCAAAUAUGUAAAACCACCCGGGCAUGAAAGGAGGAAUAACAAUGCGUUUCCCCCUUGUACAAGAAUAUUUCACUACCUCGUACAUGCUGUAAACCCCCCCCCCCAAAAAAACCUCCCACAUCUUCCUAGAAUGCCAAAAGCUCCAACUGUCCCCUUCAUGGCUGUCAAAAUCAUCAGCUUUCCUUGACAGUUUCAAAAUGCAGUUAGUCAGUUUCUGUACAGAAAUAAGCAGCACAUUAAUAACAUAGUCCCCUCUCCAGAAAGGCAUCUUGCGCCUGAAUUUCUAAGAGUUUCCCUUCCAAAGGUCUCCACAGAACUCCCAGGCCACUCUUUAACCCUUCCACCACCAUUUCAAUGCAGUAUUCCCUGUCUUGGGAGCUGUCGGAUUCCAAGAACAUUUUAGAGAACAAUCUGAAGAUACCGUACUUGUUCUAACUUCUUUCCCCACCGGGUAGUAAACAACUCUAGUCCUACUCCUGUGUAAACCUAUUGGAAGUUAAUGGGCAUGACUAAGGUUUAUUCAUUUCUGUGGGUCUACUCUGAAUAGGACUUAGCCAAAUACAACCCACUGUUCAGAUUUUUGAAUAGAUAUACACAUGGUAAAUAAAGCAAAGGAAUGAAAUUCUGCUUGUUGGCAACAAGGUGGUCUUAAGCACACCUUAGCAUGCCUGUAUCAAAUAAUUUGUACAAGGAAAAAAUUGACUGUUUUUAUCUGUGAUUAUUUAAAACUAAUUGUGGGUAGGUAGCCCAAUGACAGAAACUAUCAAAAAUUCAGAACGAGCCCUGUGAAAUGUUAUAUUAAUGCCUUUUGAUGGUUAAUGCCAUGAAGCUUGGAGGAAAGUAUAUGAUGUAUGAUUUCUUCUGACCUGUUUUCUAAGUGAUGUCCCUCUCUAAAUAUUCACAAGAACACAGCGGGUGCAUCUGGGGAGUUGUGGAUGGAACACAGAUUGACAAGGCAUGCUUUUGUUUUAAUUAAACCACAUUUCCGCACACUGCAAAGAUUGUGCAGAGCGUGUUUUGAUUUCUGUAGUUAGUGCUUUGGGCUAGUCUCAACUGGGCCAUUUUAUUGAUAGAAGACUUAGCGAGUACGGUACACAGAACUGGGUUUCCAGUAUGUGUCAGAGAGGAUAAUAGGAAAGGAGGCAGUUAGUGUGAAACUAAUGACUAUUAUGUGACUUUCUGCUAAUUCCCCACCAUCACACAUUUUAUUCUACCUUUCUCAAAGAAGAUGAGUAGCCCUUUUUAUCAUUACAGCAACCUUAUAGAGACCAUCCAGUGAGUUUCAGGGGUGAACAAAGUCUUCUGGGUUCACUAUGCCACACUGCCCUUUAAGCCUGUGUGUGGAUGUCAGAGAGGCUUCAGUUUAUACUAUUGAUUUGGAUAAGGGAAAGCCCCAUUAAAAUGAAAUCUUUUUACUGACAAUAAACAUUGUACUUCCUCACCUUCCCAACAGCACAUUGUACUCUGUUUAUUUAUGUAACUUUCAACUGGUUUCUUUUCCCUUUUGUCCCCUCCCUUUCUUUUCUAGGCACAAGAAUGGUGAGCCCUGCUUCUUUAAGAAAAUUGCUGGAGUCUUGCAAAGAUCUUUCCUUACUUGACGUGUCCUUCUGUUCACAAAUUGAUAAUAGAGUUGUCCUAGAACUGAAUGCCAAUUUUCCUAAUGUGCUCAUCAAGAAGAGUUUCACUCAGUGA